UUACCGUGUUUACCUUUUGCUGGGCAGGAGAGAUGAAGAGUUCUCUGGACUUGUUCGGCCUGGAGCAGAGGCUUUUCCUGGUGAAGAACUACUAUCAGGAGCUGGGGAAUUACACUUGUGUCCAGUACAAUUAUGAAGACACUUUUAGGCCGCAUACGAGUGGAAAUCCGGCGUUCUCUAGGGAAGCUCUGAAGGAUCUCAUGAAUCUCUUCGAGGACACCGGGAGUGUGUGGACAAAUCCGCCGCCGAAGGUCAACUGGUCCAUUCCCACAGAGUCUCCGUUCAAGUGUGAACUCUGCGAGCUGUCCUUCCUCAGCUUCUCGAGAUUGAAGCAACACGUCUUGAAAUCUCACAAUCUGGACGAUGUCUACAAGUGCGACUUCUGCUCGAUGGACUUUCGGCGGAAGUACAAGUUCCUCAGGCACAUGAAGAGCCACGGAGAUGAGAAUAUUGCGCCGCGAAGGCUUCCGGACAAGUUCAGACAAUGCGAGAAUUGCGGUCAAUUCUGCUCUGUGGAAACAAUUGGGCGGCACAGGGAGUCUCACAGGAGAGAGAGUCCUCUGAAGUGCCUCAUCUGCGAUGAGAUGUUCACCUGGAGCAUUGGCUACAAAGUGCACAUGUUGAAGCACAACAACAGAGAAGAAAUCCGUGGUCAAAAUGUGGCUGGAGAGAAGGUCCUGAAGAUGGAGACUGUGGUGAAGAUUGAGAGAGAUUCAGACCCUCAGAGAGAUCCCUUCUUCGCAGAGCCUGAAGCGCCUGAAGUGAAGGCGAGUCCGGCGCUCUACAAUCCUGCCGAUAAUUAUGGGCUGUGCGAAGUGUGCGGGAAGAUUGUGAGCAGUAAGGGGAACCUGAAGAUUCACAUGCGAACGCACACGAAAGGUCUGCCCUUCAAGUGCAACAUUGACGGCUGCUAUCGCGAGUAUCGCUGGCCAACAUCCCUGGAGUUCCAUUUGUCGUCGGUGCACGACAAGAGCAGAGGCAGGAGCAUCAAGUGCACGCUCUGCGACAAGAGUUUCGUGUACAAAAACGACCUGAGAACUCACAUGAGAGCGGUUCACAGCGAGGACAUCUUCAGCUGUGAUUUCUGCACGGAACUUUUCACGGAGAAGGAACAGUUGGACAAUCACUUGACGGAAUGGCACACUUUGGAAGCCACUCGAGUGGAGAGCGAAGAGAAUUUCCACCAACCAACGAGUGUUAAACGACUCAGCAACUCAUUCGUCUGCAUCAUUUGCGAUAAGUCCUUCCGGUACAAGACACUGCUGAAGCACCACAUGAAGAGCCACGAAAAGACCGACGAGGCUUUCAAGUGUCCCGAGUCAGGAUGCGGCAAAUCCUUCCACAGCGACAAGAAUCUCAAGUCGCACAUCGCGACGCACAGUCGGAAGCGCUUCAAGUGCGCCGACUGUGACAAGACGUACUCGGAAUUCAGGAGCGUGAGGGCGCACAUCAAGAGGGAUCAUCUGAAGAUACAGCGCUUCAAGUGCCGCCUGUGUCCGUACAGCGGCUGGUACGCUGACUCUUUCCGCGGUCACAUGAAUCGCCACAAGAAGUACGACCAGACUGAAUCCACUUAAGAGGCAAUAAAGGCUCGAGAGAACUCCUAAUCACCACAAAUACAUCUA